AUGCCGGCAUACAUCAAGUAUAUGAAGGAGCUGCUUCCCAGGAAAAGCUCAUUCAAAGGAGGCCAAACUAUAGUGAUGAAUAAGGAGUGCAGUGCUCUCAUUCAACCAGAGUUGCCUACAAAAAGAAAGGACCCAGGGGGUUUCUACAUUCCCUGUGCCAUAGGAGAAACCAUGUUUGAUAAAAGACUCUGCGAUUUGGGAGCAAGCAUCAACUUAAUGCCCUUAUCGCUUAUGAAGAGGCUGCAGAUCAACGAGAUAAUGCCCACAGAUGUAGUCAUCAGGCUGGCUGACAAAACUCAAAAACAAGCAAUAAGAGUGGUGGAAAACGUGUUGGUAAAGGUUGGGAAAUACUUCCUCCCAACAAACUUUGUCAUAUUGGACAUGGAAGAGAGUCACACUCACCCAAUCAUAUUGGGAAGACCAUUCUUAGCUACAGCCAGAGCACUCAUAAAUGUGGAGCGAGGGGAGCUAAUUCUGAGGAUCCAUGAUGAACAGCUUACCUUCAAUGUUUUCAAACACUUACAAGAAACAGAUCAAGAGAACUAUGAACCAAGAAAAGAUUAA